AUGGAUCAGAGAUUAGAGAGAAUAGAACAAAUGCAAAGGGAAAUGCAAGAGCAAUUACAAGCACAGAUGCAAGAGCAACUGGCUAAGAUACAACAAGAUAUGAAGGAAAAAAUGGAAGAAUCCCAAAAUAAUCUAAUAGGCCAGUUGGCGCAGUUGCUGGCUAGAGAAUGCGAGAAAGGGAAGAGCACCAUGGGGAACGAUAAUGAAGACCCUAUCUAUCCUCCAGGCUUUGCUCUGAUAAACACUCAACCACAAUCGGAGGUGCAUCCACGAACGGUAUCUGUCACUAUUAAGCCCCAGCAAUACCAGGCCAAUGCCUCGACACCAAUAAACAUUCCUAUAGGAUCAGGCUCUAAUCCCGGGGAUAAUCCAGCUAAUCCAUUUGUCCCGGACCUUGAUGACAUGGCAGAAAUGGAGAAAGGAAAAGUAGAUAUGGCGAAACAACUCGAUAGUCGGUGCAAAUGGCUUGAGGAAAAAUUCAAAGCAAUGGAAGCUGCUGAUUACUGUGGCGGGAUCGAUGCCAAGGACUUAAGCUUGGUCUCAGAUCUGGUGCUCCCACCAAAAUUUAAAACCCUGGAGUUCGAAAAGUAUAACGGGACGAGCUGCCCUGAAGCUCAUAUUACGAUGUUCUGUCGAAGGAUGACAGGGUAUGUUAGCAAUGAUCAGCUGUUGAUCCACUGUUUCCAGGACAGUCUGAUCGGAGCUGCGGCCAAGUGGUAUAACCAGCUCAGCCGUGCCCAAAUUGGUUCAUGGAAGGACUUGGCUCAAGCUUUCAUGAAACAAUACGGUCACGUGACGGACAUAGCACCUGACAGAAUCACCCUACAAAACAUGGAAAAGAAGCCGAGUGAAACCUUCAGACAAUAUGCACAACGGUGGAGGGAAAUAGCGAUGCAAGUCCAGCCACCCCUCUUGGAGAAGGAAACGACCAUGCUAUUUAUUAAUACUCUAAAGGCCCUAUUCAUUAACCACAUGUUAGGAAGUGCUACUAAAAGCUUUUCGGACAUAGUAAUGUCCGGGGAGAUGAUAGAAAAUGCGGUAAGAUGUGGGAAGAUUGAAGCGGGGGAAAAUGCCAAGAGAACGGCUCUAAGAAGGAAAGAAAAUGAGGUGAACAAUACGAGCGCAUAUUAUAAGGGUUAUUCCAAACCGGUCACAGUAAACCAGCUGAGGGCAGUGACUACUAGCCAUCAGGGCUCCGCAAGUCAAGAUUCCAAUCCAAGGCCUAACACAGAAAGAGUCCAGUUCACGCCAAUCCCAAUGACGUAUAGGGAGCUUUACCAGAAUCUGUUCGAUGCGCAUGUAGUGUCUUCCUUUUACCUAAAACCUAUGCAACCUCCAUUCCCAAAGUGGUAUGAUGAAAACGCGCAAUGCGAAUACCAUGCAGGAAUUGCAGGGCACACAAUUGAGAACUGCACGGCCUUCAAAAAAUUAGUCGAAAGGUUCAUAAAUAUGGGCAUUGUGAAGUUCGAUGAUCCCACAAAACCUAAUGUGGCGGGAAAUCCGUUACCCAGUCAUUCAGACAAUAGGGUAAACGUGAUAAGCGAAAGUAGAGGAAGGAGAACUAAGAUGGACGUAUCGGAGGUAAAGACCCCGUUGAGAUGGGUUUGGAAGAAAAUGGUGGAAGAAGGUUUACUUAUACAAGGUUUAGAGGAGAAGCCUGAAGGAGGGAAAUACUAUUGUGAAUUCCAUGACGAGGAAGGGCAUGAGAUCCAAAAGUACAAUAAAUUCAGGGCUCUGGUACAGGGAUUGAUAGAAAAUAAAGAAAUUGAAUUCUUUGAGUACACCGAGGGCCCGAAGGGAGAAGAUGUGUGCACGUCAGAGCAAGGGCCAACCAACAAUGUCCGAGGGGUCAAUCACCCGAUCGUAAUUAUAUCCCGACCAAGAGUUAAUGAAGUCGGAGUACCAAUUGCGCCAAAGGUCAUAAUUCAAAAGCCCAUUGCUUUCCCUUAUAAGGAUAGCAAAAGGGUUCUUUGGAAUUACGACUGCAAUGUAACGAUUCCGGGAGGGGAGAAUCCAGUUAUCACUUCGGAGAAAGGUCAAGACGAGGGUUUCUAUACACGCAGCAGAAGGUGUUAUACUCCGAACACAAAGGCAGAAUCAGUUAAAGGAAAAUCCGUGGUCAUUGAACAAGAAAAGGAAAAGACGACCAGACCUGAAUCACCCGUCAAUGAGCCUGUAACUGAAAAAGAGGCUAAAGAAUUCUUAAAAUUCUUAAAACACAGCGAGUACAGCAUUGUGGAGCAAUUGCACAAACAGCGAGCUCGUAUAUCUGUACUAGCCUUGCUCUUGAGUUCAGAUACUCACCGAAGUGCAUUGAUGAAGGUUUUAAAUGAAACAUAUGUUGCGGAUGACAUCUCUGUCAACAAACUCGAUCGUCUGGUCAAUAACAUCAGCGCGGAUAAUUUUAUUUUCUUUAAUGAUGAUGAAAUACCACCGGGAGGCAUGGGAUCUACAAAGGCCCUACACAUUACCACUCGCUGCAAAGGAUACACAUUGCCGGGGGUAUUGAUUGAUAAUGGAUCGGCAUUGAAUGUCAUGCCCUUGUCCACGCUAAAUAGGCUGCCAGUUGAUAGCUCUCACAUGAAGACAUGUCAAAACGUCGUGAGAGCAUUCGAUGGUACGGAAAGGAGAGUGAUGGGAAGAAUCGAGAUACCUCUCUUGAUUGGACCAAAUACAUACGAGGUGGACUUCUUAGUAAUGGACAUCAAGCCCUCAUACAAUUGCCUGUUAGGGAGACCGUGGAUUCACUCGGCAGGGGCAGUACCGUCGUCCCUACACCAAAAGUUGAAGUUGGUAAGAGGGAGGUUGAUAACGAUAAACGCGGAGGAAGACAUCAUUGCAUCUGUCACCAGUGACGCACCGUACGUGGGUACAGACGUUGAGGCGAUAGAAUGUUCUGUUCGAUCACUAGAAUUUGUCAAUACUACAUUUAUCGUCGAAGGAAACAAGAUCCCAGCACCUAGAAUAUCCAAAACCACAAGGAUGGGCCUACGAUUAACUGUUGGCAAAGGAGCUUUGCCAGGGAAAGGACUUGGAAGAUGCCUCCAGGGAAGGAUCGAGGUACCAGUGUUGAAGGAAAAACGAGACCGCUUUGGCUUAGGAUUUAAGCCAGAUGCGAAGCAAAAGAAGAAAGAACUGGAGAAAAGGCAAGAGAUGAGGAGAGCGCGUUUGUGUGGUGAGGAGGUCAAGUGGGAGCCGAUGACCUUCCCUCAUUUAUCCAAAACAUUCGUCUCAGGAGAGACUAUUCACUCUAAAGGAAGAUUGACAAAAAAAGAGCCCGCCGAAGAAAUAUUGAACAAUAUCAAUGAUAUGAGCGAUAUUGCCAAUGACUCAGAGAUUCCUUUCGAACAAGACUUGUGUAUAGAGGACACGGAGGAUUUUGAAGAUGACCAAAAUUGUGGCUUAUCUCCUGAUUUGUUAAGAAUGGUAGAACAAGAGGAGAAACAAAUCUUACCUCACAAAGAGUCGGUAGAAAUUGUGAGCUUAGGAGAAGGAAAAGAAGUGAAAAUUGGAGCUAGUAUCGCUACAGAAACAAAGCGAGGCCUCAUCGAGUUACUCCGAGAAUUCAAGGAUGUCUUUGCCUGGUCAUAUAAAGACAUGCCCGGAUUGAAUACCGAUAUCGUGGUGCACCGACUCCCUAUAAAGGAAGAAUGUAAGCCAGUUCAACAGAAACUCCGAAGGAUGAGACCCGAUGUUUUGUUGAAAAUAAAAGAAGAGGUCAAGAAGCAGUUCGACGCCGGUUUCUUACAAGUGGUCAAGUACUCAGAAUGGGUGGCCAAUAUAGUCCCAGCUCCUAAGAAAGAUGGGAAGGUACGGAUGUGCGUAGAUUAUCGGGAUCUAAACAAAGCCAGCCCAAAAGAUAACUUUCCGUUGCCUCACAUUGAUACAUUAGUGGAUAACACGGCGGGUUACUCACUUUUCUCGUUCAUAGACGGCUUCUUGGGAUACAACCAGAUAAAGAUGCAUCUGAAAGACAUGGAAAAGACCACAUUCGUAACCAUGUGGGGAACAUUUUGUUAUAAAGUUAUGCCAUUUGGGCUAAAAAACGCGGGAGCAACAUAUCAGAGAGCCAUGGUAACUUUAUUCCAUGAUAUGAUGCACAAGGAGAUCGAAGUUUACAUCGAUGACAUGAUUGCAAAAUCCAGAACAGAAAAUGAGCAUGUGCAGGUUCUGAGGAAACUAUUCUUAAGGUUAAGGAAGUUCCAACUAAAACUCAACCCCGCAAAGUGUACCUUCGGAGCCUAGUCAGGAAAACUGUUGGGAUUUGUGGUCAGUGAAAAAGGAAUUGAGAUCGACCCAGAUAAAGUCAGGGCUAUACAAGAAUUACCUCUACCAUGUACUCAAAAAGAAGUUCGAGGUUUCCUAGGAAGGCUGAAUUACAUCGCUCGGUUCAUCUCACAACUGACAGAAAAAUGUGAUCCGAUAUUUCAUCUCCUUAGGAAGCAUAAUCCAGGUGUUUGGGAUGAGGAGUGCCAGAGAACUUUUGACAAUGUCAAGCAUUACCUAUCCAAUGCCCCAGUACUGAUGCCACCUUGUCCGGAUAAACCACUGAUAUUGUACUUGACGGUGUUCGAGAAUUCCAUGGGAUGCGUGCUAGGCCAACAUGACGAGUCUGGAAGAAAAGAAAGAGCAAUAUACUAUCUCAGCAAGAAAUUCACUGAAUGCGAAACGAGAUAUUCGUCGAUUGAGAAGUUGUGUUGUGCUUUGAUUUGGACAACCCGAAGACUGAGGCAAUACAUGUUGUACCACACAACUUGGCUCAUCUCAAAACUGGACCCUUUGAAAUACAUGAUGGAAUCAAACGCUUUGAACGGAAGAAUGGCUCAUUGGCAAAUUCUACUUUCUGAGUUUGACAUAGUCUACGUGAAUCAAAAGGCUGUAAAGGGGAGUGCAAUAGCGGACUUUCUGGCCAGUAGAGCUCUAGAAGAUUAUGAGCCAUUGAGCUUUGAUUUCCCGAAUGAAGAUCUAAUGUAUGUUGCAACCACAGAAGAAGACUCUCAAGAAGGCCACCUUUGGAAGCUGAAUUUUGAUGGAGCUUCAAAUGCUGUAGGUAAUGGAAUCGGGGCAGUCUUGGUAUCCCCAAACGGAGAUCAUUAUCCUUUCACCAGUAAAUUAGAUUUUGACUGCACAAACAACAUGGCGGAAUACGAGGCAUGCAUCAUGGGCAUCCGUGCAGCCAUAGAACGCAAAAUAAAAGUAUUAGAGGUAUACGGAGAUUCUGCGCUAGUGAUCUAUCAGCUUAAAGGUGAAUGGGAGACAAGAGAUCCCAAGCUGAUCAGUUAUCGAAGACUGGUUCUUGAGUUAAUCGAGGAGUUUGACGAUAUCACUUUCUGCUAUCUCUCACGAGAUGAAAACCAGAUGGCUGAUGCCUUGGCAACUUUAGCUUCUAUGAUCAAAGUGAACAAGCAAGAGGAUAUAAAGCCUAUCCAAAUGAGCAUUUACGAGGCUCCAGCUCAUUGCUGCAACAUCGAAGAAGAAGAAGAGAAAUAUGACCAUCCUUGGUAUCAGGAUAUUUUACGAUAUAUGAAGAGUCGUGAAUACCCAGACCAAGCGACUGAGAAUGACAAGAGGACAUUAAGAAGGUUGGCCAGUGACUAUGUCUUGGAUGGAGAAAUCCUGUAUAAAAGAAGAAAAGACCAAGUGCUCCUAAGAUGUGUGGACGCUAUCGAGGCUAAGCAAAUCCUAGAAGAGGUUCAUGAGGGUGUCUGUGGGACGCAUGCUAAUGGUUUCACCAUGGCCAGACAGAUCAUGAGAUUCGGAUAUUAUUGGUUUACUAUGGAAGGAGAUUGCAUCAACUAUGCCAAGAAGUGCCAUAAAUGCCAAAUCUAUGGAAAAAUUCAUGUACCUCCUUCACCCCUUCACGUCAUGACUUCUCCAUGGCCUUUCUCCAUGUGGGGCAUGGAUGUCAUUGGGCCAAUCUCACCAAAGGCAUCUAAUGGACAUCGUUUCAUCUUUAUGGUUAUAGAUUACUUCACCAAAUGGGUGGAGGCCACUUCUUACGCCAACGUCACAAAGUCGGCAGUCAGUAAGUUCUUGAAGAAAGAAAUCAUAUGUCGAUAUGGGAUGCCUGAGCGAAUCAUAUCGGACAAUGCACUGAGCUUGAAUAAUAGCACGAUAGCAGAGGUCUGUAGCCAGUUCAAGAUUAAACAUCAUAACUUGUCAGCGUAUCGCCCAAAGAUGAAUGGUGCAGUAGAAGCGGCCAAUAAAAAUAUAAAGAAAAUCAUAGGAAAAAUGAUUGAGACCUAUAAAGAUUGGCAUGAGAAAUUACCAUUUGCCCUGUAUGCCUACCGGACGUCAGUCAGAACAUCUACCGGGGCAACACCAUUCUCUUUAGUUUAUGGAAUAGAGGCGGUUCUACCUAUUGAGGUCGAGAUUCCCUCUUUACGUGUGCUUUCAGAACUAAAAUUAGAUGAAGCAGAAUGGAUCCAGUCUCGAUACGACCAGUUGAACUUGAUUGAGGAAAAGAGGCUAAAAGCUAUCCGUCAUGGUCAAAUGUAUCAAAAGAGAAUGAUGCGGGCUUACACUAAGAAGGUUCGCCCUAGAGAAUUCCAUGAAGGAGACCUCGUAUUGAAAAAGAUCCUUCCCAUACAAAAGGACUUCAGAGGAAAAUGGAUGCCGAAUUGGGAGGGACCUUAUGUGGUAAAGAAGGCUUUCUCUGGAGGGGCUCUGAUUUUGACCGAGAUGGAUGGUAAAAGCUUGCCUAAUCCCGUGAAUUCAGAUUCGGUCAAGAGGUAUUUUACCUAA